AACGUUCCGUUCCACGUAUUUUUUGUAAUCACUUUAACCAUAGACAAUAAUAACUAAUUUUCUAAGUCACAUGAAAAUGUUUUAACUCAUCACUUUUAUUCAAUAAGCAUAUAAACGGAAACAAAUUACUUUAUUUUAUUUGGAUAUUAGGUUACAUGCAUUAGCUACAAUUUUUGAAGAUUACGUCAAUUACGUGAAUAUUUGAAAGUUCAAUGUUGACAGUUGUUGGUUUGGAAACGGAAUGUUUCAUCUCUAGUUUGUCUAUCACUUAUAAAUCACAAAAAGCGUGAUUUGAAGGAAUUUUAGUGAACAAAAUAAAAUAUUUUACUCGUCUAACUCGAAAAGCACCGCCAAUAGGGCACCAGCUCUGUAUUUUUUCAGUUACAAAGUGUUAGAUAUUUAAAAGGCAUGAUGGUGGAAGGCUCUGCAUUUACCCGAACCGAUGUGUUCCAAAUGGCAAUACGGGUCUGCUUCGUGUCUGCCGUCACUUAUUUCUCUAUCAAAUGGCUGGUCAACCAGAUAGACCCGACGUCCAAGAGUCGGAAGAAAGCUGAGGAUCGUGCACGGGAACAGUUACGCAAGGUGUCUUCCAGAGCGGGGCUCGGCAGCAAGCACACACUCCAGUUGGACAAGCUCACCGACCAUGAGAUGAUCAUCGCCUCACAGCUGGUGGUGCCUGAUGAGAUAAAUGUGAACUGGAAGGACAUCGCGGGUCUGGACGCCCUAAUUCAAGAGCUCCGGGAGACUGUGAUCCUGCCCAUUCAGAAGCGCGAUCUGUUCGCUGACAGCCGCCUCACGCAGCCCCCUAAGGGGGUACUCCUGCAUGGACCACCAGGUAUGUUCGCUGUGCUGGAAGCUCUGAUCCAAGAACUCCGGGAGACUGUGAUCUUGCCCAUUCAGAAGCGCGAUCUGUUCGCUGACAGCCGCCUCACGCAGCCCCCUAAGGGGGUACUCCUGCAUGGACCACCAGGAUGCGGCAAGACCCUGAUAGCCAAAGCCACAGCGAAGGAGGCCAACAUGAGCUUCAUCAACCUCGACGUAUCGCUGCUAACCGACAAGUGGUACGGCGAGACGCAAAAACUGGCCGCUGCCGUCUUCAGCCUUGCUGUCAAACUUCAACCUUGCAUUGUCUUUAUAGAUGAGAUAGAGUCAUUCCUUCGCACUCGCACACAGCACGACCACGAGGCGACGGCCAUGAUGAAAACGCAGUUCAUGUCGCUCUGGGACGGACUUAUCACCGACAACAACUGCACUGUCAUCAUCAUGGGGGCGACCAACCGGCCGCAGGACCUGGACAGAGCCAUCCAGCGCCGCAUGCCGGCCGCCUUCCACGUGCCCAUGCCCAACCAGGCGCAGCGCGAGACCAUCCUCCACUUGAUCCUCAGGGAUGAACCCGUGGCGCCCUCUAUCGACUUCCGCCGUCUAGCCGCGGCGACGGAAGGUUUCUCCGGCUCCGACCUGCACGAGCUGUGCCGCCAGGCCGCCGUGUACCGCGUGCGGGACCUGGCCCGGGAAGAGAUGGCUAAGGAGGACUCUGAGAAAUCUGCCAAAGGCGACUCGGAUUCGGACUCUGAAUACCACGACGCGGUGCGCCCCAUCACCAUGGAGGACCUGCGCCAGUCGCUCGCCAAGCUCAAGGAGGCCAAGAUCCAGUGCGGGGCGCUGCCCCCUAGUAUGCGGAUUGAGCUGGACUAGAACUCGUCUCGUACUGUACUUCGCUGGCUGCUGUCAACUGUCAAUAUUAGAUUAGACGUAGAGGCUCCUAACUGUGAAGUUAACUUGAACAGAGUGACAUCAUUUAACAGGUAUUUAUGUAGUUAUACUGAAACCAUGUUAAUGGUGGUAUCUUCAUGUAAUGAGAAUCGAGUUUAUAUCGCUUAUCGCCGUGGAUAAAACCAUAUCGUUUGAUAAGCUUUAUCAAGGUCAUAAGUUUGUAUAUGUACAUUUUCUCACCAGUGAUAUAAAAUAUAAGACCUUGUCACUAACGAUAUAUUAUCAACAGCGAUAAGUGAUAGUUGCAUAGUGUGAGAAAUCAUGAGUUAAAUAGUCAAAUAAUGGCAACGACUUAAAAGGAAUGUUAAUAUAAGUCCGAAUAAUGUCGGAUAAAUAUAAUGAUAUCUCAUUCAUACUUGGCAGUAAAGCUCAUAAAACGUUAUAUAAUAUUAUGUGCUUCAAUGACAAUAUGUGGUUAUAAAAAGUUCCGAUCUUAGUAGGAUUUGUAGACAUUUUGCAGUCACGUUACAAAACCAUUUAUUUUAAAAACACAGUAAAGUAAGGGCAAGGUUGCCCAAAACAGUGCUUUUCUCAAAAUGUUCAUAUUUGUGAGUGGUGUUGUUCGUUAUAUUUCCGAGAUGUUAAAUAUGAACUAGUUAAAUUAAAAGUCAAUAGCAGUUAAAAUAGUUCAUAUUACAAAAUAGACGUGUCAUUUUCACAUAUUUUGUGCAUUGAAAGCUGUGUAUAUAAUAAUGAAUAUUAUUAGUUCAUAAAAUUUACUUGGUAGCGUAGAUAUAACAGUGGCAUGGCGUCUAUUUAUAAGACUUUAAGCAUCAUGUAUUCUUAAUAUAUUUAAUAUUACAAUAUUAAUUUGAUUGCUUUUAACAAUAUUCUGUAAUGCUAUUUGGUGAUUUUUGUGCAAUAAUAUUAAUUAGCAAUAACAAAUUUGUAGCUUUUUACAAUGAUAAUUGUUAGAUCUUUAGACGCUAUGCCAUUGCCAUUAUGCAUUGGAGUUUUGGUGAUUUAAAAAAGUUACCAGUAUCAACCAUAUAUAUUAUGUAGAUAAAAUAACAUCCUUUUGUAUCAACUUUCAUAAGCUUUUAACAGCGAUAAAUAUUAUGAAAGUUAUUGCAACUAUGUCUGUUCUUUUAUUCCGUAGACUAAAAUGACAACCACAAAUGUCAAACGCAGAAAUAAUGUGACCAGCUUAAAACAAAUAGUGCUGAUCUUUGAUUUCGGUUUGUGAAUAACCGAUAAAUAUUAAAUUAAUUUUAGAUCCAAAAUAAACAUUUAAUGAAAUCUACUCACUACAUGAUAGGAAGUAAACAAUAAAUAAAAUCUACUUACCUACUACUAAUACACUCAAACAUUUAAAAAUUGCAUUAUGAGCUUCGAGGUGACUGUUAAUCUUACAAUAAAAUCGCUUUUAAAUAUUAGAAAUAUUGUGUUUAGACCUGGAUACAAACUUUCUAAAUGCCUCAAAAUGGUGUUACAUGCCAAGUUACAUAAUGCAUGAAGCACCGGAGUUACAAAAACCAACGCCAGUGUACGACCCAUGAUGUUGCACUUUAAAAUGCACCCUCUAAAUGUUAUAUUCCAAUUUAUAUCGUGCAUCAAUUAGCGACUUGUAAUAUUCUCAUAAUCAGUGUUGACGAAAAUCAUGAAAAUAAAUUAUAAUUAUCAGUCACAUUUGCUUAAUUAUUUUGUUACAUGCCUAUAUAAGUAACUCCCAAUAGUUUAUUUUCGGUUAGUACCGGUUGUAGCACAUCACUAUUGAUAAGGCGUAAAAAACCAGCAACACAUGAAAUGUCAUUUUAGUCUACGGAAUACAAAAAUAGACUAUAUGUAACCGUCGCGCCAUUUGAUGCUAUUCUAGUUCAUAUAGUUCAGAAUACAUUAGUUAGUUCAUUUCUGAGUAUUACUCUAAAAAAUUGUGUGUUUUUUUUUUGGGAAUCGCCUGUUAUUUCUACUCAAAAUCGAUCCUAAUAGAAAAUAAUAAUGUCACAAUGUUUAUUACAGUACAUAUGGGGCUACUUUAUAGCACUAGUGCGAGAAGUAGCAUAUUACGUUACUGUGUCGAACAUUUAAAGGGCCAUGUGUACUGUAAAACGUUGUACGAUACAUGUGCGAAUAGGUAAUUCGCAACUCGUGUCGAUUUAAAACACUCCCUUCGGUCGUGUUUUAAUUUAUCGCCACUCGUUUCGAAUUUCCUAUUUUUCGCACUUGUAUCGUAAUGUACUAUUUUAUGUCUGUUACCAAUAAUAUACAGUUUAUAUGACGGUGACACAAAGAAAAGCUUCAAAAAUGUAUGAUAAAUUUGCGACCUCUUCUGUCGUAUGGGGAUGGAAAGAGCUUUAAAUAAAUCAAAGAAUAAAGGUGUUUUUUUUUGAGAAAUGCUCUUUCUUGUUUUGAUGAAAACUGGUAACGACUACAUAAUUUGGGCCUUAUCGUCUUAACUUUAAAGUAGAAAUUCGAUCGAAAGCCAAGUCAGCUUUUACACUUUUGUAUAUACGCUUCCAGCAAUAAUAUUAGAUUUUAGAUUAGUUUACUUUGAAUUUAUAUUGAAUCAAAGGUUUGUGUUAAAAUGAACCUUACUAUGCGUUACUUAGGUGCAUUUUGGCUUGAUAUGUGUUAACUUAUUGCUAGCUGUGUGAACUUAUAGCUUUAAAUCAGAUAAUACUUUAGGAAUGGGCAUUUUGAAUGUAUUUCUUUUCGUUAGAGUUACUUAUACUUUAAAAUAUAUAUGUUAGGGUGAUUCAAAAAUUUAAGAUUUUUUUUUACUCUCACCCCAUAAUUUCAUCCUACCUACUAAAAGAAUUAUCUUUUACCUUUAAAUGAGCAAUUCCUGUAUCUAUGUAUAUUUAUAUAUUUCGGGGAUCUCGGAAACAGCUCUAACGGUUUCGAUGAAAUUUGCUAUAUGGGGGUUUUCGGGGGCGAAAAAUCGAUCUAGGAAAGUCUUAUCUCUGGGAAAACGCGUAUAUGUUAGGGUGUAGGGGAGUUUUUAUAAGUAAUUACUUUGAGAAUUUCUAAUUAACAUUUAGGGGUCUACCACCACCACAUGCCAAGUUUAGAGGUUGAGAUUAAAAAAUAAAAAUAAAAAAAAUAACAUGUUUCUUAGAUUUCACACAUUAUCAACCGUCGGCAGCGACCCCUAAAUAUCAAUUUAAAUGUUUUGCAAAAAAUCUAGAAUGUUUUCUAAUGAUAAUUUAUAGAGGGUGAGAGUAAAAAAAAUGAGUACUAGUUUAAAACACCCUAAUAUAUAAGGUGACCAAAUUUUUUUUCCCUCCCAUAGAAAAUGGACCACCUAAAAUGUAUGAAACAGACAGAAUUUUUUUUCGCGAUUUCGGUAUUGGUCCCAUAGUAAAAGUUGCUCAGGAUAAGCCCAAAACCUCCCUGGCAACGGGAAUGCACAUAUUUUUUGGCCACCUUGUAUAUGUAUCAGGUUUUUUUGUAUAAAAGCUUGAUAAUUUAUAUAUCCAGCGGCGGCAUCAUGGUUCCAUUUUUAUCACUUGUCACUAUGCCCGUCACUUUCGCGCUUACAUACUUAUUAGAACGGGACAGGUAUGGUGACAAAUGAUAAAGAGCCGACCAUCUUAGCCCUAAUAAUCAGUAUUUUUUUAAUUAACACAACUCAACCAAUCUAUUUUGUAACACAUAAUUUACUAUUGUAACAUUUUGGAAAACCGAACUUUAAUAGUUUCCAUCAUAACAGGGUUUUUGUAUUUUUUUUUAUACUACGUCGGUGGCAAACAAGCAUACGGCCCGCCUGAUGGUAAGCAGUCUCCGUAGCCCAUGUACGCCUGCAACUCCAGAGGAGUUACAUGCGCGUUGCUGACCCUAAACCCGCCCCCCCUCGUUGAGCUCUGGCAACCUUACUCACCGGCAGGAACACAACACUAUGAGUAGGGUCUAGUGUUAUUUGGCUGCGGUUUUCUGUAAGGUGGUACUUCCCCAGUUGGGCUCUGCUCUAGAUCUGGAAUGACAUCCACUGGCUAUGCCUUACCACACAAAGCGAGAUGACAUUCACAAUGCCCAUACCUCUCUUUUGGACGUAGUUUAAGGACGCACCCGGGUCCCGUUGUAUAACUUAUCAAGAAAAAUAUAUUUACUGUUUAAUAAAGUUCGUUAUAUUUUAAAAUAUAAAUGAAUAUAUCGACCCACCUAUUUAUUAAUCAGUUAAAAAUAUCAACUAAAGUGACCUGAGAAAUUGAAAAUAUAAAUCGUUAAAUUAAAAGUUAAAUAUAAAAAAGUUUUACCUAAAUUAAAGUGUUUCUCUGAUUUCUACUGUAUAUAAGCUUUGUUGUGAGUAUAUUAAAAUUGAAAUUGUAAAAAUACGCUUGAAAUUUGAGUUACGCUGCAGGCAGUGUGUUUUUCGAAUGAUUUGUAUAGUUAGAACAAGCUAAGUUGGCAGUGAUUUUGAUAGCCCAGCCAUGUGCAAGUGUUAAGUAAACGUCAUAAUUUCAUAGAAGUUUGACGUUCAAAAUAAUUGUCCUUGCCUAGGUAGGGCGACACUUCUACUUUCGGGCAUUCACGGGUCCGUUCGGCUCAGCAUUGCUCCGAGCAAUUAUUAGGGUUGGCACAACUUUCCGUGCUUUGCGUGCACGACCAUUGAUGACUUGAAUUUUGACGACCCUAAAUAGCCGAAAGGGAUAGUGCCAUACAUUAGAAAGGGAUAGCAUGAUUUGUCCCUGAAUCGCUGUCAAACUUCGGUUUUGUAGGAAGUGUUGUUUCUGUACGGUAGUACCAUUAUUUAUUCUGUGCCUAGGCUGUCAAAAUCGCUACCAACUUAUCUUGGUCUAAGUGAGAAUUGAAGAGUUGUUACAUUUGACGACCGGUCUGGCCUAGUGGGUAGUAACCCUGCCUAUGAAGCCGAUGUUCCCGGGUUCAAAUCCUGGUAAGGGCAUUUAUUCGUCUGAUGAGCAUGGAUAUUUGUUCCCGAGUCAUGGGUGUUUUCUAUGUAUUUAUAUAUUAUAUAUAUCGUUGUCUAAGUACCCUCAACACAAGCCUUAUUGAGCUUACUGUGGGACUUGGUCAAUUUGUGUAAUAAAGUCCUAUAAUAUUUAUUUAUAUAUUAUAUUAUUUUAUUUAUUAUUAUUUGCUGCCCAUCCAGCGUUUUUAUCAAUUAUAAUGUUGUUAGGAUCCUAUUUUUUAACGUUCACCGUUAAAAAAAAAGUAGUAACCGUUGGAUCUCAAAUGUUUUCAACGGUCAUAUUAAAUCAAUCGUUUGUAUAAAAGCUUUCUUGUAUAUUGUGUGCAUUUUAUUUAUACUUUUGUAGUGAAAUACAUUUUUUUUUAAAUAACAUGAGCUUAGGGUGUAUUCGGAUGAUUCCAAAAAUGAACUUCAACAUGGUGGAAUCAUAAGUUUUUGGAAUUAUCCGACAUAAUGAAGUAUUCGAAAUCACCCGAACACACCUAGAACAGUGUGUCCUUAAAAGGAAUUAUUUCUUAAAGUCGCUAUAUUUGAUAAGGGUGAAGGCUGUGCUUUGAAAUGUUAAGUUUUUUAUAUGGUUUGGAAGCAUAGUUAAAAUUAAUGAGUUUUACGAUUUUGUAUGUUAAUCCGAUUGUUCAUUUUAUAUCAAUUGCCCUGUUAAAAUAAAAGGUUUUUGUUGCGAGUCAAAUUCUAUCAUUGGAAUGUAUUUAAAAAAAUAUUUACAGUACAUAAUGGUGCUACUUUUCCGCACUAGUGCGUAAAUUAGCACAUUAUGUAGCUAUGUCGAAACUUUAAAGAGCCAUAUGUAUUGAAAAACGUACGAUACACGUGCGAAUAGGUGAUUCGCAACUCGUGUCGAUUUAAAACAGUCCCUUCGGUCGUGUUUUAAUUUAUCGCCACUCGUUACGAAUUUCCUAUUUUUCGCACUUGUAUCGUAAAUAACUUUACAGUACAUAUGGUGCUACUUUACCGCACUAGUGCGAAAAUUAGCAUAUUACGUUACUGUGUCGAACAUUUAAAGGGCCAUAUGUACUGUAAAACGUUGUACGAUACAUGUGCGAAUAGGUAAUUCGCAACUCAUGUCGAUUUAAAACACUCCCUUCGGUCGUGUUUUAAUUUAUCGCCACUCGUUUCGAAUUUCCUAUUUUUCGCACUUGUAUCGUAAUGUACUAAUAAAUGGUUUGAAAAUAAUUAAAAUUAAUGAUUUGCUCAAUUGUAUGUUGUUCCGAUUCUUCAUUUUAAAUGGAAUGUUUUAUCAAUUGCCCUGUUACAAUAAAAGGCUUUUUUGUGAGUCCAAUUCUGUCAUUGAAAUAUAUUUUUAAAAAUAUUUACAGUACAUAAUGGUGUACAUUACCGCACUAGUGCGAUAAUUAGCACAUUACGUUACUAUUUCGAAAAUUUAAAGGGCCAUAUGUACUGUAAAAUGUUGUACGAUAUUUUAUCCCCACUUGUUGCGAAUUUCCUAUUUUUCGCACUUGUAUCGUAAUGUACAAUACAAUACAAAUACACUUUAUUGCACACCUCAAUACAGAAACAGUACAAAUAAUACAACACAUAAAGAAGAGGUAAACAACAGGCGGUCUUAUCGCUAAAAAGCGAUCUCUUCCAGACAACCUUUGUAUUAUUAUGUCAUUCUUAAACAUACAACAAUAAUGCUCUUACUCAAAUUUUCAACUGGAUGUUGCUCAAUGAAAGCAUUCCUUUGCUUUUUAUACGUAUUUAAACCCUUUUUUUUGUCAAUAAAAAAAAAAAAACAUGAACCUCACAUACACCCAAUAAUGCAAGUAAAAAUGAUCUACCAAUAUAAUAGAAAAAGUGGAUGAAAAUGUAUGUAUCAUGUAAAAUACGUUGCCAAGAAGAGGGUCGUGAACUACGUGAUUGGCUUUUUUUUGUUAUUUGUUUUAAGAGGCUCUCAACACCCAAUGAUGUUACUUAAACAGUUUUUUAAGAAAGACUAUUUGUUUUAGUCAAGUAAGAAAAAUAUAUGUUCAUAUUAAUUAUAUUUCAAAGACCGUGGUUGUACUCGAUACACGAUUGAACGAAAUCGGCUCGAUAGAAAAUAAUUGCAAAGAUUGGUCUUAAAAUCACAAUUAAACGGUUCUAUGUCUUUAUUGUUUUGACUUAUGGGGUCUGCAAUUAAAAUCACAAUUUCAAAACAUUUAUAUCUAAACCGCUAUUGAGUAAAAUAUUACACUAAUAAUCCACUUUUUUUUAUUUAAAUAUUUUUCUUCUUAUUCCCUUGCCCAGGCCCAGUAACAUGCGACAGUGCUAUCUCAUUUACUCCGAUACAAACAGACAGUGUGCGCGCUUUAGGUAUUGACAGCCUCUUAAAUAUAAUUCGAACAGCCCGAUUAUACUAAAUAAAUUGUUGUGUCAAACACGAAUAUCAUGUUCUAAGCAAUGAUGAUUAAACAUGUGCAUUAUGUAACUGCAACUUACAUGUAACGAAUUAUAGGCUAUGUGCACAACUGCAGCGCUCGCCUGGCGUCUAUGGACCGUAUUAAAAAUUUAGCAGUUAUGAAGAGGAAAGGGGACGGCCGUUUCCCAUACAAACGUAGUCCCCAUUUUCCUCUCUGAAUAUUGACGUUAUGGAAAAUAUUUUUAUGUAAUUUGAUGUAUAUUAACCAUAAAUAUGCCCUUACGUUUGACAUUUUUAGAUUUUAUUAUUAUUGUAAAAAUUAGGGGCGUAAAACAUAUUCAUAUUUAUUUAUUGUGUACAUGUACAGUCAACCAAUUUGAAUCCUAGGCCACUAUAGAACCUUGUCGCUUUAACUACUCUAUGCAUGACAUGCAUCACUCAAUAAGCACUGUCGUAGAAGUCAUUAUGACAUGGUUCUAUAGUGGCCUAGGAAUCAAAGUGGUUGACCGUACAUAUGUAUAAUUGCAGAUGUAAUAGCUUAGGUUUGUGUCGUGCAUGCUACCUAUCUGUAGAGGUGUUACAAUAUAUGGUUUAGGUACCAGUGGCGGAUCGUUCAAAGAACUCGAUUCCCACCGGCUUGUCUAAUUUCAGACCGUUGAGGACUUUCACGAUCGGAUCAUGAAGAAAAGGAAUGUAAAAUUAGCUCCGGGUUCCCUACGAAUAUUUGUGACGCGCCGCCACUGUUAGGUACUAAAAUUACAUAAAGUAAAAUUAAAUAUAAGAAUAAUUUAAUAUGAUCAAUAUUAAAAGCACAUAAUUCAUACAAAUUUUUAAAUGUUCUUAACUCUUAUAAUAAUUAAAAAUUUAAAAGAAAAUCAAACGUAGGGGCAUAGCUGUGGUUGAUAUACAUCAAAUUGUGUUAAAAUAUUUUUAAUAUUGUUAACCUUUUGACCGCCAAAGACGUCAUAUGACGCGCGCGGCGACAGCCCAAUAUCAACCUUCAUGCGUACCAACAAGGUUCACGAUUACGUGCCGCGUGCGAUAGGCGUGGCGUUCAAAAGGUUAAUAUCCAUAGAGGAAAAUGAGGACUACGUUUGUAUGAAAAGGCGAUUUCGCGCGGGUCCUCCACUUUCCUCUUAGAGUCAAAUAAUAUAAAUAUUCGGUCCCACGAAUGUUCACAUUUUGCCACGCUGUGCGUCCAAAGCUUUCAUACAAGAAGCCAAUUUAAGUAAUGUGUAGGAGUCUUUAACCUUUUCGACGUUUGCCAAAAGCUGUCAAAACUGAAAUUGAACUUUAUGUAUAUGCACGUAGGUCUAUGUUGCUCUGCGGUCGUAUUAUAUCGCUUGUCACCAUGCCUGUCACGCUCCAACAAGUAUGUAAGAGCAAAAGUGACAGGCAUAGUGGCAGGUGAUAAAUAUGCAACCAUGCUGCUACCGCAGGGGUCUCUAAAGGAUGAACCUUUUGACCGCCAAAGACGUCAUAUGACGUGCGCGGCUACAGCCCAAUAUCAACCUUCAUGCGUACGGACAAGGUUCACGAUUACGCGCGGCGUACGAUAGGCGUGGCGUUCAAAAGGUUAAUAACUAGAGUGCGGAUAUAUCCGGCAUCGGCGUCAAAAAGGUUAAAAUAGGUAGUGUAAAAUGGUGAUCACCUCUCAAAUGUAGUGAAAUAACAAUCUUUGUUACUGUUGAUUUGUGCGCAAAUAUUUAUUGUGUAAAUAAACGCAAUUAUGAUUGGAUAA